CACGGCGAGGAUAAAGCAAGAUGGCGUCUGACGGUGAAGACGUUAUUGCAGUCGUCACAGUUCAGUGUUCUUAAUCUGUGCCUCCAUGUACACAUAUAUGUCCUUUAUUACACUCUAGUAAAUAGAGUAAACAUCGUUAAUAACUGUUUGCAUCCGGUUAUAUUAGUCUGAGCGCACUUUGAUGCUUCUCGAGCUAGAUUAGCUUGCUAGUUAGCUUAGCUUGUUAGCUGCUAACAAAGAGAGGCGGAAGUGAUCAAAACACAUCACUAAGUAGAGAUCAAGUGUGAGUGUAAAGUGUUGUGAUUGUGUGAAAAUGUGCCAAAGAACGACAGCAGAGUACGAGGAGGAACUUUGUCCAACAAAAGAGGAGAAGGAGCGACAACAUGAAAAACAUCAAGUUGUGUUACACAGAACAGACAUCCAUCAGCUGAUUGGACACCAAGAAGAAUGUCUCCCUCAUCUGCAGGGGGACAGUUUCACUUUAGAGUAUCCACAGCCCUCACAUUUUAAAGGGGACAAAGAUGAGCCACAGCCCUCUUAUUUCAAAGAAGAAGAGGGGGGAGAGUGUCCUGUUGGGCAGGAGGAGGCUGAUGUCAGCAAGUUUCCACUGACUGUUGUCUCUGUGAAGACUGAAGAGCAUGAAGACAAACCACCUGAGUCCUCACAGCUUCAUCACAGUCCAAACGUCUAUGAAGAACAUCUUCUCUCUGAGCAACAGAAGUGGAGCUUCAGGAUGGGCAAGGAGGAGCCACAGCCCUUCCACAUUAAGGAGGAAGAAGAGGCGCCACAUACAUUGCAAAUGCAAAGGGAAGAAAAUAACCCACUGACCCCGCAUUUUAAAGAGGAAGAGGAGGAACACAGCAUCAGUCAAGAAUGGUUGGAGGAGUUCCAUUUGAUUGUGAAGAGUGAAGAUGAUGGGGUCAAAGGUGAAAGUGAGGAGAGGGGAGGGGGGGAGCCUCCAAGCAGCAGCUCAACACAACACAUGACAACAGAAGCUGAUGGAGACCACUGUGGAGGAUCACAAGCAGACAAGCUCUUAGCUCCACUAUCAGAUAGUGAGGACACAACGUCACACUCUCCUGACACUGAUGAUGAAGACUCUAAAGAUGAUAAGACAUGUCACACUGACAACACUCACUUCACAUGUCCUCACUGUCACAAAACUUUUAAAUAUCCUAGUAAAUUGAAAAGACACAUGAGAAUACACACUGGAGAAAAACCUUUUUCUUGUUCACUCUGUAGUAAAGGUUUUACACAAAGUCACGAUUUGAAAGUACACAUGAGAACACACACUGGUGAAAAACCUUUUUCCUGUUCAACCUGUGAUAAAGGUUUUACACAAAGUCAGAGUUUGAAAGUACACAUGAGAAGACACACUGGUGAAAAAACUUUUGUUUGUUCAAUCUGUGGUAAAGGUUUUACAGAAAGUCAGAGUUUGAAAAGACACAUGAGAAUACACACUGGUGAAAAACCUUUUUCCUGUUCAAUCUGUGGUAAAGGUUUUACAAAAAGUCAGAGUUUGAAAGUACACAUAAGAAGACACACUGAUGAAAAACCUUUUGUUUGUUCAAUCUGUGGUAAUGGUUUUACUAGCAGUCAAUGUUUGAAAAGACACACAAGAACACACACUGGUGAAAAACCUUUUCCCUGUUCAAUUUGUGGUAAAAGUUUUAGAGAAAGUCGCAAUUUGAAAGUACACACGAGAACACACGCUGGUGAAAAACCUUUUUCCUGUUCAAUUUGUGGUAAAGGUUUUACACAAAGUCAACAUUUGAAAGUACACAUGAGAGCACACACUGGUGAAAAACCUUUUUCCUGUUCAACCUGUGGUAAAGGUUUUACUGCAAGUCAGAGUUUGAAAACACACGCGAGAACACACACUGGUAAAAAAUCACAUUCCUGUUCAAUCUGCAACAGAAGCUUUUGUGACCGAUCAAGCCUUGUAGCACACAUGAGAAGACACCCAGGAGAGAAAGUGUUGAGUUGCAGUGUGUGUGGUGAAAGAUUGUCUUCUAAGUACCAGUGUAAGAAACACAAGUGUGCUGGUGAGAACAGCAGCAGCAAAUGAAACUGCAGGAUUUGAAAUAAACUGUCCAGACUUUCAUUUUGACUCAGUAGAAGCAUUUAAGUCUCACCUUAAAACUCAUUUGUAUACUCUAGCCUUUAAAUAGACUCCCUUUUUAGACCAGUUGAUCUGCCGUUUCUUUUCUUUUUCUUCUAUGUCCCACUCUCCCGUGUGGAGGGGGUCCGGUCCGAUCCGGUGGCCAUGUACUGCUCGCCUGUGUAUCGGCUGGGGACAUCUCUGCGCUGCUGGUCCGCCUCCGCUUGGGAUGGUUUCCUGCUGGCUCCGCUGUGAACGGGACUCUCGCUGCUGUGUCUUGGAUCCUCUUUGGACUGGACUCUCGCGACUGUGUUGGAUCCAUUGUGGAUUGAACUUUCACAGUAUCAUGUUAGAUCCGCUCGACAUCCAUUGCUUUCCUCCUCUCUAAGGUUCUCAUAGUCAUCAUUGUCACCGACGUCCCACUGGGUCAUUAUUGUCACCGAUGUCCCACAGGGUGUGAGUUUUCCUACCGAGGAUGUCGUGGUGGUUUGUGCAGCCCUUUGAGACACUAGUGAUUUAGGGCUAUAUAAGUAAACAUUGAUUGAUUGAUUGAUUGACUUUCUAACAACAUCAGCACAUAUAACAUGUGUGACAUUGUUGUUUGUCUAACAAUCUGUGUAAUAUGCUUCUACAUUUAUAGAUUAGAUAUUUUAUAUUAAUUCUUUUUUCAGUCAAGCACAUGCAUUAAUAUGCAUUAUUGUAUACUUUUAUUAAAAAAUGGACAGAACAAUUUAAGUAAAAAGGUGGGAGGCUACGCUGGAUAGUCGAACCUCGGAUUCAGGAGGAACAGUGUGGUUUUCGUCCUGGUCGUGGAACUGUGGACCAGCUCUAUACUCUCGGCAGGGUUCUUGAGGGUGCAUGGGAGGUUGCCCAACCAGUCUACAUGUGCUUUGUGGACUUGGAGAAGGCAUUCAACCGUGUCCCUCGGCAAGUCCUGUGGGGAGUGCUCAGAGAGUAUGGGGUAUCGGACUGUCUUAUUGUGGCGGUCCGUUCCCUGUACGAUCAGUGCCAGAGCUUAGUUCGCAUUGCCGGCACUAAGUCGAACACAUUUCCAGUGAGGGUUGGACUCCGCCAAGGCUGUCCUUUGUCACCCAUUCUGUUCAUAACUUUUAUGGACAGAAUUUCUAGGCGCAGUCAAGGCGUUGAGGGGUUCCGGUUUGGUGACCGCAGGAUUAGGUCUCUGCUUUUUGCAGAUGAUGUAGUCCUGAUGGCUUCAUCUGACCGGGAUCUUCAGCUCUCGCUGGAUUGGUUCGCAGCCGAGUGUGAAGCGACCGGAAUGAGAAUCAGCACCUCCAAGUCCGAGUCCAUGAUUCUCGCCCGGAAAAGGGUGGAAUGGGGAGGAGACCCUGCCCCAAGUGGAGGAGUUCAAGUACCUAGGAGUCUUGUUCACGAGUGAGGGAAGAGUGGAUGGUGAGAUCGACAGGCGGAUCGGUGCGGCGUCUUCAGUAAUGCGGACGUUGUACCGAUCUGUUGUGGUAAAGAAGGAGCUGAGCCGGAAGGCAAAGCUCUCAAUUUACCGGUCGAUCUACGUUCCCAUCCUCACCUAUGGUCAUGAACUUUGGGUCAUGACCGAAAGGAUAAGAUCACGGGUACAAGCGGCCCAAAUGAGUUUCCUCCGCCGUGUGGCGGGUCUCUCCCUUAGAGAUAGGGUGAGAAGCUCUGCCAUCCGGGAGGAACUCAAAGUAAAGCCGCUGCUCCUUCACAUGGAGAGGAGUCAGAUGAGGUGUUUCGGGCAUCUGGUCAGGAUGCCACCCGAACGCCUCCCUAGGGAGGUGUUUAGGGCACGUCCAGCUAGUAGGAGGCCACGGGGAAGACCCAGGACACGUUGGGAAGACUAUGUCUCCCGGCUGGCCUGGGAGUGCCUCGGGAUCCCCCGGAAAGAGCUAGACGAAGUGGCUGGGGAGAGGGAAGUCUGGGUUUCCCUGCUUAGGCUGUUGCCCCCGCGACCCGACCUCGGAUAAGCGGAAGAUGAUGGAUGGAUGGAUGGAUGGAUGGAUGGUGGGAGUAAAUAGUACGGGAAAUGUUUUACAUGCAAUAAACAUUUUAUGUGUGUGUGAUAUAUACAUAUAUAUAUAUAUAUUCAUCAUAUAAUUUCAGACUUAUUCAUAUGAAAUAUGAAAGUUUUACAUAUUUGUAUUUGUAAUUGUUAAUAAUCCCAUAGAUUAGCACCUAUAUAUGAUAUACAUAUAUACUGGUUCACAUCUGAAACAUCUUCUGGACCACUUCAGGAAGCAUAUUAUUAUUUACUUUAUACAUCAUUUCAACAGUUGUCUUAUAUACAAUUUUAAAAUGUGUGACUUUUUUAAUCAUCUAUGGGUCUCUUUAAUCUAUUUUAUUCAUUAUAUGUAUUUCUCUGUAUUAUGAUGAUUGUGUUGUGAUUGUUUUAUAUGUAUGUCCCCAGACCUUUAUGCAGUAUAAAAGUGAGAGAAAAUGGCAGAUUUAUUCGUGGAAGGAUGGCUAAGUUUUUACAUUUGUGGAUACAUCAAAUAAAUCCAGUAUUGUGUUUUAAA